GGCUAGCAGCAGCAGCAGCAAUUCGCGAAAAUCGUCCCAAAACAACAAACAGCGCCAUGUGUGUUGUUUCGGUGGCUGCCUGCUUGAUUGAGCAGCAGAGUUGGUGAAGCGGUAGCAGAGAUGCGGUGAACCACGCGCACGCAUGCCGCGUUGUUACGAUGUCGGAAACUAGUACCACCAAAGCAUGCAAAACAUCGCACUACGAUGUGCUUCAAGUCGCACGGGACGCUACUCUGGAGCAAAUUCGAAAAUCCUAUCAAGCACUAGCGUUGCAGUAUCAUCCGGACAAGAAAAGGACAAGCAAUGUGCCGGCUACCGACGAAUCAGACCACUUUAUCCGCAUCGACCAGGCGUGGAAAACGUUGCGCGACGAUCGAUUGCGUAGAAUCUAUGAUGCCGAACUGAUGCAGCAGACGGAGGAAUACUUUGUAAACGAGGUUCUCACCGAAGCUGACUUUGAACGGGACGAGGACGGAAACUUCUGUUUUCACACGUGCCGUUGCGGAGGAUACUAUAUUUUGCCCGAGGAAAGCGAACCCGGCGAGUCGAUAUACGUUUCGUGUGACGAAUGUUCGCUAGUGGUGCAGGUUAAUUUAGGCAAAGGGAGCUAGACUUGUGGCGUAAGGUGGUAAGGUGUAUAUUUUGUGAAUAAAAUUCCUCUAUUUAAGAAAAAA